AGUAUAAAAGCAUGCAUCUAUUAUUUUGGAACAAUUCUUACGAACGAUCUCAUAUGAGACACAAGUAUACUUAAUUGUUAAUAUAACGAACGAUAUUUCGCAUUGAAUGAAGUAAAACAUCCAAGAUGAGGAUCAUAUAUUUACUACUAAUCGUAGCCGUCUGUGCAGUGAGUGCGAAAUACUUACCUUACGAAACGAAUCCACUUUCAAGGUCUCUAUUAUCCACAUCUGACGAUGAGUCUUCAUCGUCCUCAGAGACUAAAGAAGAUAAUGAGAGCGAAGUGGAUUCUAGGGAAAACAAGAUCCAGGAAGAAAACCUGAAGAGACUAGAAAAAAUUGAGAAGGAAAGGAGAAAACAACAUGAGAAGCAAGUUGAAUUCGAACGUAAACAGCAAGAAAGACAAGCUGAACAGCAGCGUAAACAAGCUGAAUACGAACGUAAACAACAAGAAAAACAGGCUGAACGUGAACGCAAGGAGCAAGAACGUUUAGAAAAAGAAAAACGCAGACAAGAGGAACGAGCUCGCAAAGAAGAAGAAAAAGUCCUGAAGGCCGAAAAUAAACGUGCGGAAGAAGAACGUAAACGUCAGGAAAAGAUUCAGAAACAAUUAGACAAAUUAGAAAAGGAAGCUCUUGAAAGAGAACAGAACUUCCAGGAAGCCAUCGAAUCGGCUGAACAAGAUGUCGACCUCGAUGACAUCUGGAAGAUCUACGUUUACGAAAAGUAUGGCUUAACAGGACUUAGCACCGGUCUUGAAAGGAAAGCUGCGCUCAGCCGAUUCUUCACGGAAGAGCUGGGCCUGAAUACAAACAGCACUAAGAGCGAGAGGCGCCAAGCUAUCACAAACUUUGUUCAGACCAAGAUCUAUGAAGAUGUUGCCACGCUUACUGCCUGGAGGAACAAUUUGGAAUUAUACUUGAACGCGAUAACCGUCCAAGCUGUACGAGCGGAGCUAGAAGAGAAAGUUGAAAAACUCGAGAACAAGACGGCUUUAUUGCAAACCGUAGCUGCACCCUGGACAGCAGCAGCACAACAGGAAAUCGAUGAAAAGAAAACUUUACUCCAGUCUGUUGCUCAGCUGUUAUCAAAUCUUCUUCCAAACUGGGUGCCUACUGAUUCGUCCGCAAAUGGCGUAGCUGGUGGUGGUGUUGCUUCUGGACCAGCUGUUGCGACUAGUGCUGCCAACACUGCCAACGCUGCUUCUGGUGCGGCUGGCGCUGUCAACUCUGCCAACGCAGCCUCUGGAGCGGCUGGUGCUACCAACUCUGCUGAUGCUGCCUCUGGUGUGGCUGGUGCUCCCAACUCUGCUGAUGCUGCAUCCGGUGUGGUGGGUGAUGCCAACUCUGCCGACGUUGCCUCUAGUGUAGCAAGUGCAGCCAACUCUGCUGACGCUGCGUCAGGUGCGAUUGGUGCUACCAACUCUGCUGACGCUGCCUCUGGAGCAGCGGGAGCUGCGAACUCUGCCUCUGGAGUGGUUGGAGCUGCCAACUCCGGUGAUAAUGGGGCUGGCGCCGCUGCUCCUGCUGGCACUGACGCUACUCGGCUUGCUAACGCCGCUGCUCCCACUGGCGCUGAGGCUGACGCUGCCACUCCUGCUGGCCCCGCUGGUGCUGACGCCACUGCCCCUACUGGCCCCUCUAGCGUGUACGCCACUGUUCCAGCUGGCCCUGCUAGUGGUGCAUCUGGCCCCACUGGUGUUGCCGCUGCUGGCCCUGCUGGCUCCGCUGGUGCUGACGCUGCUGUCCCUGCUGGUCCCUCUGGCGCGGACGCCGCUGGCCCAGCUGACCCUGCUGGCACUGCUCCGUCUGGCCCCGCUGGUGCUAAUGUUGCUGCCCCCGCGGGCACCACUGGUGCUGACGCCGCUGCAUCCUCUAGCCCCGCUGGUGCUGGUGCCGUUGGCCUCGUUGGUGCUGAUGCUGCUAUUUCUGCUGGCUCUGAUGGCGCUGGCGCCGCUGCCCCUGCUGGCCCCGCAGGCGCUGUCGCGGCUGCCCCUGUUGGCAAUGCUGGUACUGACGCCACUGUCCCCGCUAGCGCUGACGCCGCUGCCUCUGCUGGCACCACCGGUGUUGACGCUGCUGUCCCUGCUGGCCCCACCGGUUCUGACGCCAUUGCCUCUGCUAGCCCCACCGGUGCUGACUCCGCUGCCCCUGUUAGCCCCGCAGGUGCAGACGGCGCUGCCUCUGCUGGCCCCGCCAGUGCAGACGCCGCUGCGCCUGUUGGUGUCGCUGGCGCUGACGCCGCUGCCCCUGCUGGUUCCACUAGUGCUGACGGCGCUGCGUCUGCUAGCCCCGCCGGCGCUGACUCCGCUGCCUCUGCUGGUCCCGCCGGGGCUGAUGGCACUGCUUCUGUAGGCCCCGCUGGCGCUGACGCUGCUGCCCUUGCAGGCCCCACCGGUGCUGACGCUGCAGCACCUGUUGGCCCCUCUGGCGCUGACGCCGCUGCCCCUGCUGGCCCCGUCGGUGCUGACUCCGCUGUCUCUGCUGGUCCCACCAGUGCUGACUCCGCUGUCCCUACUGGCCCCGCCAGUGCUGUCUCCGCUGCCCCUGCUGGCCCUGCUGGUGCUGUCACCGCUGCCUCUGCGGACCCCACUGGUGCUGACGCAGCUGCCUCUGCUGGUACCGCUGGUGCUGACGCCACUGCCCCUACUGAUUCCGCUGGCGAUGACGCUGUUGCCCCUGCUGGACCCGCCGGUGCUGAAGCUGCUACACCUGUUGGCCCCGCUGGCGCUGAUGCCGCUACCCCUGCUGGCCCCGCCGGUGCUGACUCCGCAGUUUCUGCAGGUCCCACCGGUGUUAACUCCGCUGCCCCUGCUGGCCCCGCCGGUGCUGACGGUGCUGCACCUGUUGGCCCCGCUGGCGCUGACGCCCCUGCCCCUGCUGGUCCCGCCGGUGCUGUCUCCGCUGCCCCUGCUGGCCCUGCUGGUGAUGUCGCCGCUGCCUCUCCUGACCCUACUGGUGCUGACGCCGCUGCCUCUGCUGGUACCGCUGGUGCUGACGCCACUGCCCCUACUGAUUCCGCUGGCGAUGACGCUGCUGCCCCUGCUGGCCCCGCCGGUGCUGAAGCUGCUACACCUGUUGGCCCCGCUGGCGCUGAUGCCGCUACCCCUGCUGGCCCCGCCGGUGCUGACUCCGCAGUUUCUGCAGGUCCCACCGGUGUUAACUCCGCUGCCCCUGCUGGCCCCGCCGGUGCUGACGGUGCUGCACCUGUUGGCCCCGCUGGCGCUGACGCCCCUGCCCCUGCUGGUCCCGCCGGUGCUGUCUCCGCUGCCCCUGCUGGCCCUGCUGGUGAUGUCGCCGCUGCCUCUCCUGACCCUACUGGUGCUGACGCCGCUGCCUCUGCUGGUACCGCUGGUGCUGACGCCACUGCCCCUGCUGGUUCCGCUGGCGGUGACGCCGCUGCCCCCGUUGGCGCCGACGCUGCUCAGUCCGCUAACGCUUCUGGUACUGAUUCUACUGCCACCGCUGAAACUGACGGCUCUACCACUGCUAGCGUUGCCCCCGCCUCUACCGCUGCUGGCGUCGCCUCUGCUGGUGCCGACAAUGCUCAGUCCGCGAACGCUGUUUCCCCUGUUGGCACUGAAUCACCUGCCCCCGCUGACGCCGCUGCUCCCGCUGGUGCUGACGCCGCUGCUCCCGCUGGUGCUGACGCCGCUGCUCCCGCUGGUGCUGACGCCGCUGCUCCCGCUGGUGCUGACGCCGCUGCUCCCGCUGGUGCUGACGCCGCUGCUCCCGCUGGCGCUGACGCUGCUGCUCCCGCCGACGCCGCUGCUCCCGCUGGCGCUGAUGCAACUGCUCCCCCUAACGUCGUUAUUCCCGCCGACGCCGCGGCCCCCGCUGAAGCUGUUGCUCCCGCUGACGCGGCUGCUCCCGCUGACACCGCUGUUCCCACUGACGCCGCUGCUCCCGCUGUCGCCGCUGCUCCAGCUGACGCAGUUGCUCCCGCUGACUCCGCUACGCCCACUGACACUGUUGCUCUCGCUGACGCUGCUGCCACCACUGGCGCUGACGUUGCCGCUCCCGUCGACGCCGCUAUUCCCGCUGACGCCGCUGCCCCCGCUGACACUGCUGCUCCCUCUGACGCUGCUGCCACCACUGGCGCUGACGUUGCCGCUCCCGUCGACGCCGCUAUUCCCGCUGACGCCGCUGCCCCCGCUGACACUGCUGCUCCCUCUGACGCUGCUGCCACCACUGGCGCUGACGUUGCCGCUCCCGUCGACGCCGCUAUUCCCGCUGCCUCCGCUGGCGUUGACGCCGUUGCCCCCGCAGAAGCCGCAGCCCCCGCUGACACUGCUGCUCCCGCUGACGCUGCUGCUCCCGCUGACACCGCUGCUGCUGCUAACACUGACGCCACCGCUCCCGCUGACGCCGCUGCUUCUGCUGAUGCCGCAGCUCCUGCUGACGUUGCAACCGCUGUCACUGACGGCUCCACUCCUGCUGGCGUUGACACGGCAAUCCCGGCUGACGCCGCGACUUCUGACGCAGCUGCAUCUGAACCCACUGCCACCACUGAAAAUAUUGUUGCUGGCGCUGAUACCACUUUGGCACCUGACGUUGCCGCUACAAAUGACGCUGCCAUCGAAGCUUCACCAUCUGAAGGGUCCGGUGCUGAACCCGCACCUAGCGCAGGUUUUGAAAAUGCUGGCAGUGUAACCACCGAAGGCCCAGUGGAAAUCCAAACUGAAGCCGUUACGUCUCAGCCAGCUGUUGAAGUGACGGAAGGACCUGUUGAUGUAGUAACGGGUGCGCCUGUGGAGCAAAACACGAAUGAGGUUGUCACUUCUGAAUCUCCGGUCACUUUGUUAGACAUUCUUUCUGGACCAGUGACUGAGGCUAUUGAGGCUGCGUCAGAGACGGCUGCGCCUGUUGAGAUUGAAAAAACGAUUGACGUUGUUCCCGUUCCUGUCGAAGUGGGCGCGACUGUUGUGGAAAUUACGCCACAGUGAAAUUGAGCGUUUUACAACAUUGGCUCCGAUUGUAAGAUACAUUGUUAAUUUAUUUAAUAAAUUAGAAUGGUAGAUUAGAUGCAAUUAUUUAUUCAGUUUUUA